AGACGGAGGAGGUUUUAUUAUUAUUGCGCACUUCACCUGUCCUCCUCAAGAGGCAGAGAGUGCGGCUUCGUCAGACCAGCUUCAGACACCGCACACUGCAGACGACAACACUCCUCAGACUUGUCUCAUUACAUUGCAUAAUAUCGACAAGCCAUCAUGCGUGAGUGUAUCUCCAUCCACGUUGGUCAGGCUGGCGUCCAGAUUGGCAAUGCAUGCUGGGAGCUUUAUUGCCUGGAACAUGGGAUCCAGCCGGACGGACAGAUGCCCAGUGACAAAGCCAUCGGCGGGGGAGAUGAUUCCUUCAACACCUUCUUCAGUGAGACUGGAGCUGGAAAACACGUCCCCAGGGCUGUUUUUGUCGACCUGGAGCCCACGGUCAUCGAUGAGGUGCGCACUGGGACCUACCGUCAGCUCUUCCACCCUGAGCAGCUGAUCACUGGUAAAGAGGAUGCUGCCAACAACUACGCCCGUGGACACUACACCAUCGGCAAAGAGAUCAUUGACCUGGUGCUGGACAGGAUCCGCAAACUGGUGGGUAACAUAAUAUUAGGAGGAGUUCAUUCUUUGUUUGCUGUAUCUCAUAUAUUUGAUGACUGUGUCCCUCUCUGUCCUCAGGCUGACCAGUGCACUGGUCUUCAGGGCUUCCUGGUUUUCCACAGCUUCGGAGGUGGCACCGGCUCUGGUUUCACCUCCCUGCUGAUGGAGCGUCUGUCCGUCGACUACGGCAAGAAGUCUAAGCUGGAGUUCUCCAUCUACCCAGCUCCCCAGGUGUCCACUGCUGUGGUGGAGCCCUACAACUCCAUCCUGACCACCCACACCACCCUGGAGCACUCUGACUGUGCCUUCAUGGUAGAUAACGAGGCCAUCUACGACAUCUGCCGUAGGAACCUCGAUAUCGAGCGUCCUACCUACACCAACCUGAACAGGUUGAUCAGUCAGAUCGUGUCCUCCAUCACUGCUUCCCUUCGUUUCGAUGGUGCCCUCAAUGUUGAUCUGACCGAGUUCCAGACCAACUUGGUGCCAUAUCCCCGUAUCCACUUCCCCCUGGCCACCUAUGCCCCUGUCAUCUCUGCUGAGAAGGCGUACCAUGAGCAGCUCUCAGUGGCUGAGAUCACAAACGCCUGCUUUGAGCCAGCCAAUCAGAUGGUGAAAUGUGACCCACGCCACGGCAAGUACAUGGCUUGCUGCCUCUUGUACCGUGGUGAUGUGGUGCCCAAAGAUGUCAAUGCUGCCAUCGCCACCAUCAAAACCAAGCGCUCCAUCCAGUUUGUGGACUGGUGCCCCACUGGUUUCAAGGUUGGCAUCAACUACCAGCCUCCCACCGUGGUUCCUGGUGGAGACCUGGCCAAGGUCCAGAGGGCUGUGUGCAUGCUGAGCAACACCACUGCUAUUGCAGAGGCCUGGGCUCGGCUCGACCACAAGUUCGAUCUGAUGUACGCUAAGCGUGCCUUUGUUCACUGGUACGUGGGUGAGGGUAUGGAGGAGGGAGAGUUUUCUGAGGCCAGAGAGGAUAUGGCAGCUCUGGAGAAGGAUUACGAGGAGGUCGGAGUUGACUCCAUUGAGGGUGAGGGAGAGGAGGAGGGUGAGGAGUAUUAAAAGGGACAUAUAGCAGCUAGAUAAAAAGGAAACAGUUGACUUGAGUGUGUUCCUAAAUACAUUCCAAACAGAAAUGUUUGUCUAUUAGUUAGCAGUUUAACCAUAAUCAGAGUACUACCAUUAAAAUGCCUGUUUGGCUCUGUCUUAAAUAAAAUUCCUGUAACAUGAA